AUGAGAGUGAUAGUUUGAGAAAAGGGACAAUUUAUCAUGAUGGAGGACGGAUUUGUACGCAACUUGGAGGAACUUUGGAAUAAAAAGCAGCCGAAACAGAUCUUGGCGGCAUGCCAGGCUCGCCUGGAAACCGCGGUCGAUCCUCGCAGAAUGCUGGUAGACAUCUUGGAGGUGCGCAGUGAUUGGAGGAGGGGCAGAGCUCACCUUGCUCACCACAUCAUAACGGAGUUUUCCAACUGGGUGGCCAGCCACCCUUCCCAAGGGAAGGCGCUGCCAUGUGACUGGGAACUGCAGGCAAGGGCGAUCCGACUGCUUUCAUCCAGCCAGGGCUCUACCAUGGACCCGUUCAUUCAUAUGUAUCAGCUGGAGACUGCCGAUCGCCAGCAUCUCAUCAGCGCAGUGAAGGGUCUUCAGAAGAAAGACAGGUAUCAAGAGGCCGCUCAUUUGGCUAAGAAAAUGCAUUUGCAACCGUACUUGAACUUCAGAGAGCUCUGCACGCCACUGCUUCUCCAAGACAAGCUGAGUGUGGUUGAGGGUUACGUGUCCAACUCGCCCGAGCUGCAGCAGGAGCUGGUGCGACUCCUCGAUUCCUGGUGCCAUCCGGACUUCAACCUGGGGACCCUGCUGCAACAGUACCCAGGUCUGCAGCAGGUGAAACAUGAGCGUAUGCAUCCCAAAUCUCUGAGCAAAUUUGUGACACGAUUACUGGAUACCUACAAGAUCGAUUCAGAACUUUGCCCCAAUGUGAAGCAAUAUCGAGCACUGGGAGCAAUGAAGUUUCUCUUUUACCAAAAGUAUGGAGAGAAAGCAAUGGACGAUGAAAAUUGGAAUGAUCACAUUUUGGUGACGGUCGGGGACGACCCGUGGCUGCAGGAGCAGCUGGUGAUGAUGCUGUGCAGCUACAGGGACGUGGCAGCAGCAGCCCGCUGGGCACGUCGCCUCAAGAUGCCGCACGACCGGCUGCCCAGCGCCGUGCUCUGGAUACUGUCCAAUCAGCGGCAGGAGGAUGGCAGUGGAGAGGAAGAGAGUGCAAUGGCAUACUCCUCGAGGGAAGACUGCUACCAGCUGCCUGUGCCCCUCGAUCAAGUGAUCUUCAUCGACAACCUCACCGACCUCGAGAUGCAUUUGCCUGCAAUGCUACAGCCGGGCUGCACGCUGGGCGUGGACAUGGAGUGGCGCCCGUCGUUCGGGGUGCUGUCGCAGCCUCGCGUCGCGCUCGUGCAGGUGGCCCGCAGGGACCGCGUGCUGCUGCUUGAUCUGCCGCGGCUCUCGGUGGAGGAGGAGGAAGCAGGCCGCCAGCCAGGGGAGCGGUGCCUCCCUCGGGCAACGAACGUGGAGCCGCGCGCUCACGACGAAACCGCACAGCUGCAGGCGAGCUGUUCGGGGCGCUGUGAAGCCAAGAAUAGUGUCGUGGAGGAGGGCAGGCUGCUCAGCCUGAUGAGAAGGCUCUUCUCAAGUGGCGAUGUCCUGAAACUGGGUUACGAUGUGGGUGGAGACAUCCAGUAUCUCUUAACAUCAUACCCUAUGUUGAAGCCAGCACUUCAGCAGUCCUCCAGGGUUCUAGACAUUGCCGUGCUGCAAAAGCAGGUCGAACGGCUGCUGAGCGCUCAACCUGUGGCCGGUGGCAGCGGCGCAGAGGUGUCACGGGGGGCGACCGCCGCCCGUACGACGGAGGGGCGCGGCCUCAGCCUCCUGGUGCUGCAGACGCUCGGCAAGGCGCUCGACAAACGGCAGCAGCUCUCCGAGUGGGAGCGGCGGCCACUCACCACGGCGCAGAUCCUCUACGCCGCUUCGGACGCUUAUUGUCUGCUGGAAGUUUACGACGUUCUCCUCCAGAAAGCCAAGGCCGCCAAGCUGUCCGUCAACCUGGAGAAGUGCAUGGUGGGAAAGAAAGUACAGAAGCCUCGACAUAGCGACCCAGCACCAGAUGAUGAGCGACUGUGGAAGAAGAUCGGCACGGAUGUGCCGGCGACACUGCCGGCGGCUAAUCCCGCCCGUCCGCCGGAGUCGUGUUCCCGGGAGCCCAUGUCGGUGAGGAACUUUGCGGUGGUGUGUGACAGCAUGCUGCAGGGACUGGGACGCUACCUCCGCUGCCUUGGGGUCGACGUACGCAUCCUGGAAAACAUUGAGGAGCAUCGCAAGGCUGCGGAGAUCGCCCGCGCGGAGAGACGGGUCAUCCUCACCUGCGGCUUGCCCUACCAGACCCUGAGGUCGCAAGUGGGAGAGGACUGCUGUUAUGUCGUCGACUGCAAGGAAAAGGCCAAGGAUCAAGCGAAGGACGUCCUGAGGCACUUCAACGUCCAGGUCACGCCGUCCGACAUCUUUAGCCGCUGCAAGGUCUGCAACGGCAACCGCUACAUGAAGAUUUCGGGAGCAGACAUGGCCAAGGCGGCUGUGACGAGGAGGGAGCUGCUGCGAGCAACGACAGGACUGGUCGAUCCCGAGCCGGGCUACGGCGGCGUACUCGGAGACGACCUCGCGGACGAGGCCCAGGGCUGCAUCGAGCCCGGUGGUGUACGUUGGUCACCGGCGGUGGCUCCAACCCAAGAUUUUGCAGGUAAAAGCUGGCAAGAAGGUGUGGUGGCACUCCCCGGGCCGGAGAAGACGAUGUCAAGGGCGAGCGAGAGUUGGUCUUCGCGGACACCACGAUACUACCCGGCCUGCUUCGUGGAGAAUCAAGAACUUGAUGCAAACACGGCAUCAUUCGCAAACGGAACCGCGCUCCUGGCCGAGGCAAUUCCCCAAGGUGUCUUGGAAACUGUGCAGCUCUUUUACUGCUGCGUAGCUUGCGGGAAGGUGUUCUGGGAGGGGUCGCACUUUUCUCGCAUCCUCUCGCAGUUUGCCGAUGUGCUGUCCACGGAAGGCGACACCUCCACGUUUUACGAGUCGUAGAAUUAGCCGAAAGGUGGGUGUUGCAACAAAAAUAAUUACGCUUAAAAUUGUUCGAUUGCGUUCAACGGUUGAAGAAAUCUUUCUUGGUGUUACGUUAGUUUUAAAGUCUUAAAACUUACAAAUUUUAAGGUCGUCUUAUUUGUCUAUUAAAAAUUAAAGAAUUCUUUCUAAUUUUUUAAAAUUGUUUAAUAUGAAACCAAAGUUUUGUGGGAUGGUUUUAAGCAUGGUUUAAUCUUUAUUAACAGUCGGAUGUUUUGGUUUUGAGUGUAAAAGUUUUCCAUAAGACUUAAGCAGCCAAUGUACAUCUGCAUUUGCUUAAAGCUGUUACUCUAGGUUUAUGGCAAACAUCACAACACGAUUUACAUUGUUUUGUGAUAAGAAUCUGGUGGUGAAAAUAAACGCUUUGGUGCUUUCAUUUUGUUCCAGAA